GGUAAGUGGGCAUGGCAGUUGAGCUGACAUGAGGACAGUUGGGACACCGCUGCUUCCAUCUCUCCUUCAUCGUCUCCUUGGAUGCAUCUCCUGUCGUCCACUGGGAUCGAUGUUGUGGUUGACGCGUCCCCAACCUCUUCCCAACUCCCAAACUCUCUCUCCACCAAUCCUCUCCUCUAUAAAUCAUCCAUGGGUUGCUCUGAUGCAGCAGUCUUCGAUGGAGAGCUUGGAGGAUGAAGAACAAGCCCAGCUCGCACCGCCAGCCUCGGGCUCCACUCUGUGUCCUCCUCCUUACGUGGGGCAACCUGCGCCGUUCCCACCUCCGGAGUUGACUUGGGGCGUUGACUUGGGUUCGUUGUUCCAGGUGUUGCAGCAGCAGCAGCAGCAGGCGGCGGCGGCGCCAGUGGCCGUGACGGAGCUGACGGUGGGAAGGGGGAGCGGGAGCAGAGCUGGUGGUGACAGGGAGAACGGGAAGGGCGGCUCCGGUGGGAGGGGGAAGAAGGUUGGCCGGCCGAGGUUUGCGUUCCAGACGAAGAGCCCGAAUGACAUCCUCAAUGAUGGGUAUCGCUGGCGGAAGUAUGGACAGAAGGCAGUCAAGAACAGUGCAUAUCCCAGAAGCUACUACCGGUGCACCCACCACACGUGCAACGUGAAGAAGCAGGUCCAACGUCUCUCCAAGGACACGAGCAUCGUCGUCACCACGUACGAAGGCAUCCACAACCAUCCCUGCGAGAAGCUAAUGGAGGCUCUCACCCCUCUCCUCAAGCAGAUCCAAUUCCUCACCAGGUUCUGAACCCCUACUGUAAACAUCGAUCGAUAAAAUGUACGCAUGUAUUACUCACAUGCUCGCUUACGCUGUGUGCUGUAUAAAUACAUCCCGAACUCCCAACUCAAUGUUUGAUUCGACGAACACAUGAAAUAAUUUCCCA